AUAAAAGUCUUCUUAGUCGCUGAUUUAUCCACUGUCUCUCUCUCGCAUCUAUCAAGAAUCAUGACGAGCGAAGUGAAAGAACAGAGGGUCAAGAGCAAUGGGAUUUGGCUAAACGUGGCUGAGAAAGGAGACGAAGACGGACCUUUGGUUCUGCUACUCCAUGGCUUCCCUGAGACAUGGUUCUCGUGGCGUCACCAGAUCGAUUUCUUGUCGAGCCAUGGCUACCACGUGGUCGCUCCAGAUCUCAGAGGCUACGCUGAGUCUGAUUCUCCUCCGAGCUAUGAGUCUUACACUGUGAGCCACCUCGUCGCUGAUGUCAUCGGUUUGCUCGACCACUACGGCACUGCUCAGGCUUUUGUGGCUGGUCAUGACUGGGGAGCAAUCAUAGGUUGGUGUUUGUGCUUGUUUAGACCAGACCGAGUCAAAGGUUUCAUAAGUCUCUCUGUUCCAUAUUUUCCAAGAGAUCCAAAACUCAAACCUUCAGAGUUUUUCAAAAGCUUUGGAGAUGGGGUGUACAUCUCUCAGUUUCAGAAACCGGGGAGAGCUGAGGCUGCAUUUGCAAAGCAUGAUUGCUUAACUGUUAUGAAGAAGUUCUUGCUGGUAACGAGAACAGAUUACUUAGUGGCUCCUCCUGAUACAGAGAUCAUCGAUCAUCUUGAGAUACCAUCGACGCUUCCAGAUUGGAUAACCGAAGAAGAGAUUCAAGUGUAUGCAGACAAGUUUCAAAGAUCCGGAUUCACAGGGCCCUUGAAUUACUACAGAGCCAUGGAUAUGAACUGGGAGAUAUUGGCGCCGUGGCAAGACUCGAAAAUCGUUGUUCCAACGAAAUUUAUUGCGGGAAACAAAGAUAUAGGAAAUGAAGGACCUAAUGGAACGAUGGAGUAUGUGAAAGGAGAGAUGUUCAAGAGAAUUGUACCUAAUCUUGAGAUUACUGUUAUUGAGGAUGGUCAUCAUUUUAUCCACCAGGAGAAGUCUAAACAAGUCUCAGAGGAGAUUCUCUCUUUCUUAAACAAGUUACUGCACACAUCAGAGUAAACUCAUGCUGUUUCGUGCCCUUAUUCUAUAGUUCCAUCCAUGCAUGAUGCUAUUGCUAUCUAAAAGUAAAAACUACUAAUUGUAGUAAAUGUGUAUCUGAGAAUCAAUAUAAAACCCGAAUGUGAUCGUUAUAAACAUUAUGGUUGAUAAAUAAUAAUGUAAGAAAGAUGUACAAUA